CGGUGUUGUGGCCCUGAGGUUAUCUGCUGUACUCAUGUAUUCUCCGGUCGAAAGUGGGAAGAAACACAGCAUUUGCAUGGUCUCCGAUUUUUUUUAUCCUAACAUGGGUGGUGUAGAGAGCCAUAUCUUUCAUCUUUCGCAAUGCUUGUUAAAGUUAGGUCAUAAGGUGUGCGUAGUAACACACGCUUAUGGCGAUAGAUGUGGUGUACGCUACUUAUCCAACGGUUUAAAGGUAUAUUAUUUACCCAUUCCUGUGUUAUACCAACAAGCUUCUCUGCCGACAAUAUUUACAUCAUUGCCUCUUCUUCGCUAUAUAUUUAUCAGAGAAAAAAUAACUAUAGUCCACGGUCAUUCUACAUGCUCCACCUUAUGCAAUGAGGCUAUAUUUCACGGUUUAACUAUGGGUUUGAAGGCCAUUUUUACCGAUCACUCUUUAUUUGGUUUUGCUGAUGUGCCUAGCAUCUUGACCAAUAAGAUGAUUCGCUUUACUUUGUGUGAUAUAAGCCAUGUGGUGUGUGUGUCUCACACGUGUAAAGAAAACACAGUUCUACGCAGUGUUAUCCCACCGCAGUUGGUUUCCGUCAUCCCAAAUUCAGUAGACUGUAACUUGUUUACUCCUUCUGAAGUUUGGCCCAAACUUGAUCCCAUUGUGAUUAUAAUCUGCGGCCGCUUGGUAUAUCGCAAGGGGAUUGACUUGUUGGCCCAAGUCAUCCCUGAGGUUUGCAAGCAACAUGCCAAAGUUAAGUUUGUGAUUGGUGGCGACGGCCCAAAAAGAACUCUUCUGGAGGAAGUCCGAGAAAAAUAUCAACUUCACGACAGAGUUGAUCUUGUGGGGGCGUUGAAUCAUGAGGACGUUCGAAAUUUACUAAUAAAAGGACAUAUUUUUUUGAACACCUCCCUAACGGAAGCCUUUUGCAUGUCCAUACUGGAGGCUGCUUCGUGUGGACUUUUCGUGGUUAGUACUGAUGUCGGUGGUAUUUCCGAAGUGCUACCAGAAGAGCUUACGAAAACCGCGAAGGAUGGCACGGUUUAUAGACAACCGCUUGUUAAGCUUUCUUCUCCUGAUCCAGCGGCUGUUUCCGAAGCCAUCAACUUUGCACUGCAGCAGCUCCCUAAGCACAAUCCUCACGCUGCGCAUGAGCUGAUAAAGAAAUGCUACUCUUGGAAAAAUGUUGCUUUGAGAACUGAACAUGUAUACGAUACGGUUUCCACCGAAAAGAUCAUUUCUUUUUCUGCGCGCUUGAGGAAAUACAACGAUUGUGGCGUCUUUGCUGGCAAAAUCUUCUGCAUCAUCGUUAUUGUUAACUCUUUAUUUUUGAAGAUUUUGGAGUGGAUAGCCCCAGCGAGAGACAUCGAUGUUUGUCCAAAAAUAAACUCUGCCGGAUUAAGGGACUUCCGAAAAAAUAAGUCAAUAUCUAAAGCUACUUUGCUUUAG